GCUGUUUUCUUGCUCAUACCGUCCUGCCUGCCCGGGAGACAGCGGCUGCCGGGAGAUUUCCGCGGGGCAGGCCCGGCCUCGCCAUGGUGACCGCGCGCCGCCCGUGCCCGCGGGGCCGCGCACAGCGGCGGGGACAGCGCCGGGCCCGGGCACGGCUCCCCGGGCUCCCACACCCACCCCGGGACCGCAGCGCCCCGGGCCCCGGCCCCCCGGGCUUCCACACCCACCCCGGGACCGCAGCGCCCCGGGCCCCGGCCCCCACCGCGCCGGUCCGCGGGGCAGAAGUAGCCGCCGGCCCGGGAGCGACAAGCGGCUGAAGCCAAUGGAGGAGGAAAAGGAAGAAGCUGGCUGUGAGGAAAAAGAUCACAUCCCCCCAGAAGAUGAGAGAAGCAGCACAGAGGACUGUCUUCCAGAGGACAAGGAAAAAGAGAAAGAAAGCAAGCAUAUCAUCAAAAAUAUCCCGUGGACCACAGCCAAGAACUUCACAGUGGAGAAAGGACAGCAGCAAAUUGAAGAACUAAUUUCUACAUGGGACAUUCAUGAAAGCUGGCUUCACCACUCAGAAUUUCUCGAGGAGGAAGAACUGAAGGACAGCAAGAGGUACCAUUACAGAGCUUGCUGGGGCCUCCCAACACGAAGAAAACCCAUCCCACGAGCAACAGCGAGUGUCUACUUUGUUAUAGUGAUCUCCAAACUCAAACCUGACACUGCACCUGUGGAGGUGUUCUACAGACUGGAGUCCAGCAGGCUGAUUCGGAGGCCAGAACAGUGUGAGUUUAGAGAAAAGUGGCUUCAGGACAUAAUUGAAAAUAAAAUACUGUGUGCAGAAAGACUUGCUUCCCGAUGAGCAGCUCCAAUUCACCGUUACCAGGCCUCUGUUGUGGAGAACCAAAUAAACAUGAUGGAAAAAAAACUCCCUCUUCCUUAGCAGCAUUUCUACUUUGUGGAUAGAUAAGAAGCAUUGAACCUGUGCAAAAUGAGCUAUGCCCU